AUGGCGCCGACGGCCAAGGCUUCGUCCACCAAGCAGCACCGCCUGCUCCGCGCUCGCCGUUCUUCUUCAAAGCGCACGGCCGCUUUGAGCCCAGAGGCGCUGCUUGGUGCCACCCUCCCUGGCGUCCACCACCGCUUCGUGCCGGUGUUGCAGCAAGAUGACGCCGUCGCCACAGGUCCGACGCGAGAUGCUGCUCUCUCCGACGAGACCCUGGCGGUCCACGCCGGGGAGAAGAUGGGCGGCAUGGUGGGCACCGACUCGAUCGCAACGCCGAUCGUGAGCGGCACGACGCACUGGUUCAAGAGCUCCCGGAACCUCAUCGCGUUCAAGGAAGGCCGGCGCCACAGCUUCGAGUACGGCCGCUACAGCAACCCCACUGUGAAGGUCCUGGAGGACAAGAUCAGUGCGCUGGAGAGGGCCGAGUCGACGCUGGUCACGUCCUCCGGCAUGAACGCCAUCGUCGCCACGCUGCUCGCGCUCGUGCCGGCUGGCGCCGGCCACGUGGUGACCACGACCGAGUGCUACAGCGAGGCGCGCGCCUUCAUCCGCGACAAGCUCUCCAAGAUGGGCAUCAAGGUGACAUUCGUCGAGCUCAACGACAUGGGCACGCUCAAGGCCGUUCUUGACCAAGGCAAUGUGACACUCUUCUACACCGACUCUCCGACGAACCCUCAUCUCAAGUGCAUCGACAUUAAGCUCGUGGCGGAGCUUUGCCACAGAAAAGGGGCUCUUGUGUGCAUCGACAGCACCCUCGCCUCGCCCAUCAACCAGAAGCCGCUCACCCUCGGGGCCGACAUCGUCGUGCACUCCGCCACAAAGUACAUCGCCGGCCAUCACGACGUCAUGGCAGGAUGCAUUAGUGGCUCCAAGGACCUCAUCUCCAGGAUACGUGCGUGGCACCACGACCUUGGCGGCGCCAUAAGUCCGGACGCAGCCUACAUGAUCAUACGAGGCCUCAAGACGAUGGCACUACGCGUGGAGACGCAAAACCACACAGCUUUGCGCAUGGCACGCCUGCUCGAGAACCAUCCCAAGAUCGAGCAGGUGUACUACCCUGGGCUCUUGAGCAGCCCGUGGCACGACAUCGCCAAGCGCCAGAUGACGGGUUUCGGCGGCGUCAUCAGCUUCGAGGUGGCGUCGGAUCUUCACGGUGUCAUGAUGUUUGUCGACGCGCUAGAGAUACCAUUCAUCGCAACGUCGCUCGGCGGGUGUGAGAGUCUGGUGCAGCAGCCGGCUGUCAUGUCCUUCUGGGGGCAGAGUGGCGAGGAGAAGGCAAAGAAUGGGAUCAAGGACAACUUGGUGAGAUUUAGUUUUGGGAUUGAGAACUUUGAGGAUCUCAGGGAUGACAUUCUCCAAGCCCUCGAGAAGAUUUAG